AUGAGAAGUUUAGGACGUAAAGGGGACGAUGAGGAUAAGGAGAAAGAAGAGGACAAUGAGAUAGCUGUGGGUUGUGGAAAACUCAUCUUCAACAGCAGCUCACCCAGGCUCAAUGUCCCUCUCCUCCUCCUGGUCCUCUCUCUGGGGGGAGUGUCUUGUCUGGACUUCAACUGCGAGACCCUCCUCAUGAUGGCGUCCAACCUCACAGUGAGGACAAUGCUGUUCAACUUGACGCUGACCUUCACUAACACAUCAGGUCUGUUCUGUGACCUGUCAGUGGAUGGAAUAGGGACCUGCUGGCCUCGCAGUGCAGCUGGUGAAGUUGUCUCCAGGCCCUGUCCAGAACAGUUCAAUGGGAUUCACUACAACACCACUGAUCGGGUCUACAGGGAGUGCCAGUCCAAUGGAACCUGGGCACUUCGAGGAAACUACAGCCAGUGCACUGAGAUCAUCCUCCUGAGGAAGAGUAACGUACAUUACCAGGUGGCUGUCAUCAUAAAUUACCUCGGACACUGUAUCUCCUUGGGCGCACUGGUGCUGGCGUUCACCCUCUUUAUGAGACUUAGGAGCAUCCGCUGUCUGAGGAACAUCAUUCACUGGAACCUCAUCUCAGCUUUUAUCCUGAGGAACGCUACAUGGUUCAUCGUCCAGCUGACCAUGUCCCCCACGGUCACAGAGAGCAACCCGGUGUGGUGUCGACUGGUGACCUCUGCUUAUAACUACUUCCAUGUGACCAAUUUCUUUUGGAUGUUUGGGGAAGGAUGUUACCUACACACAGCUGUGGUGUUGACGUACUCCACUGAUAAGCUGCGGAGGUGGAUGUUUCUGGCCAUCGGAUGGGGAAUUCCACUGCCUAUCAUUGUGGCCUGGGCUUUUGGGAAGCUUUACUACGACAAUGAAAAGUGCUGGUUUGGGAAAAAGGCUGGUGUAUACACAGACUACAUCUACCAAGGCCCAAUGAUCCUAGUUUUGUUGAUUAAUUUUGUAUUCCUGUUCAACAUUGUGAGGAUCUUGAUGACAAAGCUCAGAGCGUCCACAACCACUGAGACUAUACAAUACAGAAAGGCAGUUAAAGCCACCCUGGUCCUGUUGCCUCUGCUGGGCAUCACAUACAUGUUAUUCUUUGUGAAUCCUGGAGGAGAUGACCAGCUGAGCCAAAUUGUCUUCAUUUACUUCAACUCCUUUCUGGAGUCUUUCCAGGGGUUCUUUGUAUCUGUGUUUUAUUGCUUCCUGAACAGUGAGGUGCGGUCCGCUGUGAGGAAGCGCUGGCUCCGGUGGCAGGACCAGAACUCCAUCCGCAGUAGAACCAUGAGGGCCACAUCCAUCCCCACUUCUCCCAGUCGAGGAUCUUUCCACAGCAUCAAACAAACCUCUCAUCUCUGACCUUAGCUUCAUCUAUACAAACUUUCUUAAAGAUCAGACCUGUAAUUGCCAUUUACUUGUCUCCAUGGAGAGAGAUUAGUUUAAUGUCACACUGUGGAACAUUCUUGGUCAAGCAGUAACCCUGCAAUUGAGGUUAUCUUGUCACGCA